UCAAAACACAUCCAUGCAUGUAUUAAGCCACAACAAACACUAAUCAAUCUGCACACUCUGAGCCCGGCGGCCCGUUGUGGGCUUAGCCCUGCAGCCCAUGGGCCACAGGGGCCAGAGGUCGUCUGAAGAGCUUACCUUAUUUUAGGUUAAUAAUGUGUCUUGUGAGAACGUGAUUGGUGGAUACGUAAUCACAGCUUCGAAAUUCAGCUACACGCCACGCUCUUUGAACUUUGAAGAUAGAUAGCGUAUCACUUAAGCACGUUGUGCUUAUAUGUAUAUAUGUUUGCAUGGUCAUGGAGCACCUUAUAUACUACCAUCCACUUAUAUGUGGGGUUCCUCCACCAAUGGUUCUGGGCUGACCGGUUGUGCAACUCAGUCGUCUUCGCCUUUAGGCUCCACAUCCACAACUGCUGCAGCAGGAUCUCCUUCCUUUGGCGUUGGAAGCUCUUCGUUUUCCCAUGGACCUCACAUUACAUCAUCAACAUUUGGAAGCACAGUUUUUGGGAGGCCAGCUAUUAGUGAUGAACGCAGAGGAAGUAGAAUAGCACCUUAUGCUACAAAAGCUGAGGUAGAUGGGGCCAGUUUUGAACAACCUGCUGGAAGCUGAUGUUGGUAUCUGCCAUACCCAUCUACAGAGACAAAAACCACAAAGAACUAAGAUGGGAGGGAGGACUAUCAAUUGGGAGAUACAGGUGGGUCUAAUCCAUACAACACACCAAACUUUGGCUCAGGAGGGCCAUGUGGGGCUUCAAGCGUGUCUGCUUUUGGAACUUCAAGCAUGCCUGGAUUUGGAUCUUCAAGCAGGCCUCCUUUUGAGGCUUCUAGCACCCUAGCAUUUGGCUUUUGUUCCACUCCAUUAUUUGGCCAACCCACUUCGACAUUUGAUGUCAAUGCAGUUGGAGCUAAUCCAUUUCCCUAUGGGACACAGAGUUCCCAUUUUGGACCUCAGAUUACAGCAUCAACAUUUGGAAGCAUGGGUUUUGGAAAGCUAGCUUCUAGUGAUCCAUCUGGAGGAAGUAGAAUAGCAGCUUAUGCUGCAACAGCUGAAGUAGAUGGAACUAAUUUUGAACAACCUGCUGGAAAGCUGAAGUCAAUAUCUGCUGUACCUGUCUACAGAAACAAAAGCCAUGAAGAAUUGAGGUGGGAGGACUAUCAAUUGGGAGAUAAAGGUGGGUCUAAUCAAUUCUGCACGCCAAACCUUGGUUCAGGAGGGCCAUAUGGGGCUUCAACUGUGUCUGCUUUUGGAUCUUCAAGCAUGCUUGCUUUUGGGCUUUCUAGCACCCCAGCAUUGAGAUUUGGUUCCACCCCAUCCUUUGGCCAAUCAAGCAAUGCAAUUGUUGGCAGCUCAGUUGGAACUAAUCCAUCUUCUUAUGGAACACAGAGUUCCCAUUUUGGACCUUAGACUACAGAAUCAACAUUUGGAAGCACAGGGUUUGUAAAGCCAGCUUUUAUUGAUCAACAUGGAGGAAGUAGAAUAGCACCUUAUGCUGCAACAGCUGAAGUAGAUGGACCUAGUUGUAACCAACCUGCUGGAAGGUUGCAAUCAAUAUCCGCCUUACCCACCUACAGAGACAAAAGCCAUGAAGAAUUGAGGUGGGUGGACUAUCAGUUGGGAGAUAGAGGUAUGCUUGGAACUACAAAACAUGCACACAUAUAGAUUGUAUGGUUCUUCUCAAAAAUGAAUUUGCUGAUUUAUUUUUAUAAUUGCACAUUUAGGUUCAGUCUUGCUAGUCAAUCUGUGGGUAGGAUUGGCUUUGGAGGUUCCAUGACAAAGUCAAGCCUCUUGGGUCCUUCACCUACAUUCAGUCUGUCAGCUAUAAAUCCUUUCUCCAGCUCAACAUUUUCCAAUCCCCCAAAGACACCUGCUUUUGCUGCUUCAGGGUUUGGACCAUCAUUAAUUCUGCCAUUCAGUUCAUCACCUUUUAAUGCAUCAUACACCACAAACCCUUUUUGGACAGUAUUAUCCUCAUCAGCCAUACCUUAUGUAUUUGAAGCUAUAUCAACCCCUACAUUUGAAACCAGUACUUCUCCACCACUUGUUGGUGCAUUGAGUUCAUCAGCAUUCAGGCCAUCAUCUUGUAUCUUUAGUCAUGCUUCAGCUCCAGGAGCGACUCCAACAUUUACCUCUGGCUUGAGUUAUUCUAGCACCCAACCAUCCUCAUUGUUUCUGUCUGCACCAUUGCUUGGGCAGACAAAUGCUACCUUAGGACAAACUGCUUCCACACUUAGGCAGGGAACUGCCCCUUGGGUCAAUCAAAUAUAUUGGGCAUAAGAUCAACUGUAUUG